AUGAUGAUACAUCAACGUACAUUAUCAACUGAUUCAUUUAGUUUUCACAAUAAACACAACAACAAUAACAACAAUAUGCUUCAUUCUAAUAAACAAAUUAACAUUAAUGAUACAAAUUUUGAAGAAAUUUCAAUACCUUCAAAAAAACGUUACAGUGAAAUUAGCAUUAAACAACAACAGCAACAACAGCAACAUCAACAAGUAUUUCAAACUCCUAAAAACUAUUGUCCUUCUCCAUUACAACAACAACUUACUCGAUCAUCAUCUAUACGUAGUAAUGGAUCGAUGAAUACUAUCUUGCAACAACAACUUCAACAACAAUCUCCAAUGGCAAUAUUACAACAACAACAGCAACAACAACUGGCCCCAAAUACUCCACCAUCACAAUACAUUAUAAAUGUCAAUCGUACUCCUACCAAUUUGACACCAUCACAACGAUUAAACUUACGUAAAUCCAACAUUAAUAAUAGUAUUUCCCAAUACAAAUCUGAUCAAACCAAUAUAUUCAAAUAUAAACAACAACCAUUACCACCGCCACCACCAGCAGCAGCAGCAAUUCUACAACAACGAGGAGGAGCACCUCCUAUAAUUGAUGAUGCUGAUGAAUUAAUUGAUGAUAAUGUUAUAUUUAAUGUUCCAUUCUCUCAAUCAGUAUUAUCAUUGAAUCAACAUGAAAAGUUUUUAUUUGAUAAUCAAUCACGUAAUAUGUCAUUUGUCACAGAUGAUUCUACUAGAACAAGUUCUAUAAUAUCUCAUGUUAGUAUUAAUGAUAGUGCUUCAUCAAUUGGUGGAACUACUACUAAUGGAAAUGAUUCUAUUGAAGAAGAAAUGCAUAAUAUUACUACAUCAACAAUGAAAAAUAAUAUUAUGACAAAUAUUACUAAUGAACAAUUUAGUAGUAUAUCAAAAGAUGCUCAAGAAUUAACUGUGUUAUGUAAUAAAGAUGAAUUUGCACAAAUUUAUGAUGAAAGUUUCCAAAAACGGAAAAUGUUAUCUAAUUUCAAAAAAAUUCAAUCAAUACUACCUGGUCGUACUACUAGUAGUGGUACUAGUAGUGGUACUAGUAGUGGUGGUAUUGAUACAAAAUAUUAUACUUUCACUCGACCAACAUGGUUACCACCUAAAUCUAGUUAUGAAAAAGCCAAACAUCAAAAAGAAUCAGAAGAUAUAUUAUAUAAUGCACUUUAUCAAGAAUCUCAAUUACAACAAAAAAGAAUUAUUGAAUUAGAUACUACAUUAAAACAACGUAAUCAAGAUAUCAAAACUUGGGAAAGAUCAUUAUUAAAUAUUAAAACUUUACAAGAAUUAUCAUUUAAAGAUAUAACUGAAUUAUAUUGGCGAGGUAUUGCUAAUGAUAUACGUUCUAAUGUUUGGUGGAAAAUUAAUUUAUUGAAAAAACCCGGGAAAUUUAAUGAAUCAUUUUGUGAUUUUUAUUUUGAUAAAUAUUUAAUAAUUCAAUCAAAAUUAUGUCAUUUAGAUAAAAUAUCAAGAGAAUCAAAAGGGAGUGCCCAUAGUGGUAGUAAUAGUAAUGAUGAUGAUGAUGAUGAUGAACAAACCUUGCUUAAUUCAAAAGUGUUUGAUGUCAAAUUAUUACAAUGGGCGAAAUUAUAUAAUCAAAUUUAUAAAGAUUUAAUGAUUAAUGUUUAUCCCGAUGCAAAUUAUUUUCAAGAUCAUCAAGUUAUUAGUAAAAUUAAUAAAAUUGUCAUUAGUGUGAUUUUAUAUUUAUGUGAUCAAUCUGAAGCAACUACAACUACAACCACCACAAAUUCCAAUUGUGAUAUUGAUAUUUUUAAAUUUUAUUUCCCAGGAAUGAUUAAUUUUGCAGCAAUUUAUUAUUAUAAUUUUAAAAAUACUUAUAAAAGUUUUGUUUCAAUGUGUCAAUUUUAUAAUUUACGAUUACCUAGUAUGAUGAUAACUUAUUUAAAUUGUUCAACUAAUGAUUUAAAACUUCAAUCAAUUUUAAAAUCUUCUUUAAACAGUUAUAUGAUUUAUAAAUUUGAAAAAAUUUUGAAAUUUAAAUUAAAUCGUAUAUCAGUUCAUUUUAAAAUUCAUAAUAUUAAUUCAUUUGAUUAUUUACCUCAAUUAAUAUUAAGUUUAGGUUUAAAUUUAUUUAAUUUUGAAAUUAGUCAAAGAAUUAUUGAUUUAAUAUUAUUUGAUCCAAAUUAUGAUGAAAUUAUUAUUAAUUUAAUUAUUAAUUAUAUGAUGAAAAUUCAACAUAAAUUAUUUGGUAAUAAACAAGAAAUUUUAUCCGCCCUAUUAGGUGAAAAUAAUUACACCACUACUGCUACCACAACUACCACAAGUACCAAUUCAUCACCUUCUAGUUCUAGUUCUGGUUCUAGUUCUGGUUCCGGCUCUACUUCAAAUCAUAAGUAUAUCACUGGUCUGAAUACUUAUCGAUAUGUUAAUGUUGGUUAUGAAAUUGAAUUUAUUAAUUCAUUAAGAGAAUUAUGUAAAUAA